CUCGCAUUUUCGGUCCGUGCCUGGGCUGUGGCUAUCUAUGGUGGCCGCGUUCAAUGGCGCCGUCGGUGGUGGUUGAAGUAUGUGCAUACGGUGUUCCGAAAUACCGUGUGCUGCUUAUUUUAAACCGGCGCCUGCUGCGAACGCAACGUCUGCCAUGGGGUCAUCUUUGUAAUUGCGCUGUGGGGGGACAUUGCCGGUGCGCGUGCAGCCAUCGAGCGUCGUGUCUGUGAACUCUGCGACUGCUCAUCGGCCAGUGACACGCAUGGACCGACGGAGGGCUUUUGCUGCAAAUCGGGAACGUCUCCAACAACUCUGUGCCUUGCUACGAUGCAACGCUAGGGAAUGCAUGCAGACUGUACAAAUAAUCUUGCGGACUGCUAGUUAAUACUAUAUUGGCUCAAGGAAAACCCGGUCUCGUGGAUGGGCCAGGAUGACCGUAGGCACAGACUGCUGAGACGUUGUUGCUUCGUCGGCCAUUGUGGCGGCAGGGUCAGCCUUCGAUCACGCCGCUGCCGCCGCUGCUGAAGCGGCGCUGUCAGUGGUUGUGAGGUGCGGACGAUUUCUUUGGCUGUCAACUCUCGAUGACGACGGGGCAUCUGUGGCACUGUCAGCGCCUGCGAGGUAGUCCUGAACGUUUGCUGCGCCGCACAACACACUUGUAGUGCAACGAAGCCUGCCGCCUGCUAUUAAAGUGAGGGUUCAUGGAGGCCCUGGUUGCUGAGGGGACGCUGGGUUCUUCACCUGAGCCAUGUGCCAUAGGAGUGACAGCACCAGGUGGCAGCACCACCAAGCGCAGCUGGCAACAGCUGCGGCAGGCUGUGCGACAGACCCGCUGUCGCUUGUACGGCCUUGCCUCACGCCUUCCCAGCAGUGUUGUCUUCGGCAAGGGCCGCCUCUACUUCCUCAGCCCGCUGACUGAGGGACGGGAGAGCAGCCUUCACUAUGUUGACCUGCCUCCGCUCCAAGCUCAGAGCGGCAGCACCGAGGCCACUGGCCUGGUUGGGGUUGGUGGCUCGAAUGGCAGCAGUGGCAAUGAAGGUGUGGCAGGGGCUGGUGGAACACUGGGCUCAGCAGCUCCUCCCGUGCUCCAGUGGCGCCCUCUGCUGGACCCCAAGUUCCACCGGUGUCACCCGCCUGGGCGGCUGUCACGAGAGGAACAGCUCCAGUGGGAGCGGCGCCGCCUCAUGGCCUGGGGCAUCACGUCCUUCGACUACCAGGGUGGUCGCUUUGUCUUUCCGGCUGGUGGCUCCCUCUUCUUCUGCGAUGACAUGCCCCUGGGAGGUCCGCACUUCCCGGUGGAGCUCCGCACAUCGUUGAGCUGUGCACGCCUCAAUGCACAGCUUUGUCCAUGCAAUGGUGAUGUCGUGGCUUUUGUGGCAGCAGGCGACCUGUGGGUCACUCACCUGGGCUCAGGUGCCGAGGCGCGGCUCACGCACACUCGCUCAGAAGGUGCAACUGUGUCAGAGAGUCCAGUCAGUGUGGGCGUACCAUCGUACGUGACCCAGGAGGAGUUUAACCGGUACGUCGGCUUCUGGUGGUGUCCCAUGGUUGAUGCAGUGGGAACGUACCGCAUCCUGUACGAGGUGGUGGACGAGAGUGACGUGGAGGUGCUUCAGCUGCCUUCGUUUGGCGAGGAUGGCACAGCGGGCACAGAGGAGCACCGCUUCCCCCGUGCGGGUUCUCCAAAUGCCCGCUCCUCCCUUGCCCUAGCACAGUUCUCACUCUCCCACACUGGACAGAUCGAGAAUGUGUGUCUACUGUCCCUGACUGAGCCCUUGUCGUCGCUGUCACCAAGUUCAGAGUACCUGCUAAGAGCUGGCUGGACACCCGACGGCUCUGCGGUGUGGGCAGAGCUGCUUGACCGUCCACAGCAAAGACUGCAACUUGUGCUGUUCCCGCUGAGCUGCUUCCAACCCCCUGAGGGUUUGCAGCAAGCAUCGGCACAGUCCCUCCUCCUCUGGCAGGAGACCUCCCAAGUCUGGAUCAAUGUGCAUGAUGUGCUUAUCUUCCUGCGGCCAGAGUCUCCUCAGGAGCUGCGCCUCCUGUGGGCCAGUGAAGAAUCCGGCUUCCGGCAUCUUUACCUCCUGCGGCUACGCACAGAUGGCCAGGCUCCCUGCACGGCCCUUCCACUGCCCUCGGGACACGGCUCAGAUCGCCUGGUUUACAAGACACAGCUCACGGCUGGGGAGUGGGAAGUGUCCGAGAAGGAUGUGUGGGUGGACGAGAGCCGGCGACUAGUCUACUUUGUGGGCCUCAAGGACACACCCUUGGAGAGGCACCUGUAUGUGGUGGGCCUUGAUGGCCAGUUACCGGUGUCAAGGCUGACUGAGCCAGGGUACUCUCACAGCAUCUUCAUGGAUCAGGGGUGCAGCAUGUUUGUUACGGUCAAGAGCAGCCUGAGUGAGCCACCCUCGAGCGCUGCGUAUGGGCUGAACCACUUGGAAGAACCAUCAUGUCCACCAUCUCCACGCCUUCUGGCAGUCUUACUGGAGCCAUCAAGACCUGUUGUGAUGCCUCUGCUGGAUGGUGCCAGUGUUGGGGGCUACCAGGAGCCAGAGCUCUUCAGCCAUACAAUCUCAUCGGGCCAUGUGGUGUUUGGCCUGGUCUUCAAGCCGGCACACUUGGAGCCACAGCGUCGUUAUCCCACAGUGCUCACCAUCUACGGGGGCCCAGAGGUCCAGCUGGUUACAAACUCCUUCAAGGGCAUGCGGCAUCUGCGGCAGCAUCUUCUGGCCUCCGAGAACUAUGCGGUUGUGGUGGUGGAUUGCCGAGGAUCACGGCACCGGGGCAUUGAGUUUGAGUCGCAUAUCAAAGGCCGCAUGGGCACAGUUGAAAUAGCGGAUCAUGUGGAGGUACUGCAGUGGCUGGCUCAGGAGAAGGACUACAUUGACCUGUCCAGGGUGGCAAUCCAUGGUUGGUCCUAUGGCGGCUACCUGUCGUUGAUGGGGCUGGCGCAGCGGCCAGACAUCUUCAAGGUAGCUGUGGCUGGGGCACCGGUCACCUCAUGGGGGCUCUAUGAUACGGGCUACACAGAGCGCUACAUGGGUGCCCCCCAGGACAACCCACAGGGCUACAGGAGGGGCUCUGUGCUCUCCUACAUCUCGCAGCUGCCCAGUGAGCAGAACCGGCUGCUCAUCGUGCAUGGCCUGAUGGAUGAGAAUGUGCACUUCACACACACCAGCCAGCUAGUGGCUGCACUUGUCAAGGCUGGGAAGCCCUACCAGCUUCAGGUUUACCCAGCUGAACGACACAGUUUGCGGCACUUGGACACAAGCGAGCACUAUGAGACCACGCUACUGAGCUUCCUGCAGGACAACCUCUGACUCUGCUACAAGAUGACGUGGUUGCAGAUCCAUGUUUCCAAAGUGGUGUGCAGACCAGGGCGCCUGAUCCUGAGCCGGGGCCAUCGCUUUACUGUGCCGUGGUGGUUCCUUGCCCUACUCUUCUGGUUGGGGAUGGCAACGGAAGUUGCUCAUUCAUGGCUGCCAUAUGGCCCUGCUGCCCUUUGGCUUUGCAACAGUCCUCCAUGCUACAAGGCAGUGCAGGCGGUGCCCACUGGCCUGGUGAAAGUGAGCUGCAGCCGAGUGGUUAAACAUCAGGUUCAGCUAUCAUUGCUGCUUUGGCAGCCCAGAACGAUGUCUUGUGCUAGAUGGUGGCUUUCGCUCACGCCAGCAACACGAGUAGCAGCCUUGGUGCAGUUUAGGGCUGACACGGGCCCUGUAGUUAUGCAGCCUAGGCUGGCCACCGUGGCUCAAUUGCAUGAGUUACAAGAGGCCAGUGCUUUGGCAGCAGUCAAUCAUCUGCCAUGCCAUUGAAGCUGCAUUGUCAUGAGGGAAACAGCUUUGGUUGGUCCAAUAAGUGUUUCAUAUGCCAAUCAGCAUUCAUUGCUGGAUGCAGUCACUAAUGGUGUGCAUUCUUGUCAGCAAGUGAACUCUUCUGUGUGGUUCCACUUCUGUGCCUGGUGAUAGCAGUGACAUGCUAGGUGUGACUUUUACCAUGAUGAUAGUGCAUAUAAGUGAUCAAACAUCUCCACAAGGGAAGGUCUGCUCCUGUGGGCAGGUUUUGGCAGACGAUGAGGCAGGAGUGAGGCAGUAAUGGGCACAUAUGUGCUCUGUUGUCAUUGUUGUGUGUGUCCCAACUGUUUUGCUGGACCUACGGCAACCUUUUAUUUUAUUUGACCAGGUAGGUAGGUGUCCUAUGCAUUCAUUGCAGUGUGUGGAAACAGAGUUGGUAGAAAAAAAGACAUGGAAUGUGUUGAUGAGCGUGCUAGUGUGGGCCUUCAUGUGUCACUUCACAUCCCAAUGAAGGAAACAACAGCUCUUCUCCUCGGUCAUAUUGCCUGCAUAGGAAUGCAGAGAUAACUGUGCCACGGGCUCUUCAAGAGCUGGGUGACAGAAGCAAGAUGAAUGCCUAAUACAUUUUAUUUAUGCAAAGGUUUGCUUUAAUAUGUUAGUGCAGAAGUUGCCAAGAUGCUAGCACAGAUAUGGCAGAAGGGUAACAUUUCAUAUGGCAUGGUGAAUUAGUUUUCAGUGGGAUCAUGAAUGUAAUUAUUAUAGAACAUUUAUGGACAGGGCAGCUAUAGGCAUCACUUAUAUGCUGGCAUCACUUCAAGAAGGUACUGUAGGUACCUUCUUGAAGGUUGAACUAGAAGGAUUUCUUGUGGCAAAAGAUGUGGAAAUAAGAACGCUGGGUCAUUCGAGUGAACUGCUGUUGUGGAUGAGUCCAGCUACUGUAUACAAUUUUUGUAGUGAAUAAGGAGAAAAAAAAGAAAGAGGCAGUAACUGUCUGAAGGGAGAAAUGGUCAAGUUCUACAUCAUGUGCCACAAAUUAUUUGAAUUCACGUCAGUACUUGUGCUGCUGGCUUCUGCCUGCUGAUUGAGUGUGAAAAUUGAUACCUUGCUUCUAUUUUCCCGACUCAACAAACCAAUUGCUACGUUCUAUGGAAUGAAAAAAAAAAAAAUUUGCUGUUAAAACUUGA